AUGGCGAAACGAUUUGUCGAGGUUGAAGAGUCAAUAAGGAUGACAAUGAGUGUUUUAAAUGCAAAUCUACCAUCAUUGACUUCUGAAAUGUGGGAAAUGUUGCCACAACUAUGCUUAAUUUUAAAACCAUUCGAAGAUAUUACCACCACUGUAAGUGGUGAAAAUUACCUGACAGGAAGCCUGGUAAUAGUGUUAGUAAGAUGUUUGAAUGAGUCAUGCAACAAAUUAUUGGCACGAAAUGACCUGUUGCCAGUAAUUAGAAGAAUCACUGAAAUUUUUAAAUCAGGAAUUAAUGACAGAUUUCCAAAUGUCGAGAGGAGCAAGACAUUUGGAAUCUGUACAUUAUUAGAUCCUAGGUUCAAAAUGAAGGGUUGCUCAAACAUAGAAGAUGCAAAAAUUAUUAAAGAAGAUCUUAAGCAAAAAGUAGCAAAAAUCAUUGAAGAACGAAGACUUUUAGAGAAUGUUGUUCCCAUGCCAUCAACGUCCAUGGAAAAUAUUGAUGAGUAUAACCCAUGGACUAUUUUAAAUAACCUAGUAGGAGCAUCACUGCAUCAAUCGACUCCACUAUGUGCUGCUAUAAAGGAAAUUGAUAUAUAUCUCGCUGAUGAUAGCUUGCCUAUGAAAUCUGCAGAAGGUAUAUUAAAUUGCCCAAUGCAAUGGUGGAGAAAUCACCAGCAUGUUUAUCCAAAUUCGGCGAGAUUGUUUAAAAAUCAGUGCAAUGUUGUAGCUACCUCCGUUCCUUGUGAAAGGAUCUUUUCAAAAGCAGGCAUG